UUGAUGCUUAUUGUCACCUCAUGUUUGCUGUGCAAUUUGGCGUACAAUGGAGAUCAAUAGUGAACUGAUUCGAAAACGUGCUGAAGUGGCACUAGAAAUCGCCAAAGACCUGCUAGUUGAUGACGACGACAACGACGACGACGGCGGAGAUAUCGAUGAGGAGGAAUAUUGCUGUGGUGAUAAUGACGAAUUAGAGGAGGAAUCGAAAGAAACUGAUCGUGACAGUGGAAUGAAAACGAAUGCCAAGGACGAAAAAACGGAAAACUACAAACACAAGGGAUCGCGGGCAAAAAAAGGUUGGCUGAACACUGUAGCAGGGGUAAUAAUGCGUCCUUUCGGUAGCAAGCUGAAAUGGAACAUCAAUUUUAACCUAGAUGUUCAAGCUUCGAACAAGAACAGCCAAACGAAGGGAAAUUCUAAACGAAACGCUGGUGCUUCAUCUUCCACCGUCAGUCAGCAGCCGACCUCUGCUGAUGCUACAGUCAUAAAAAAUCUUAAAGCGGAGAACAGACGUCUGGGAAAAUUAGCUGAUACGUUUUUAAACGAGUGUAUUCAGUUGAAAACAAAAGCGAGUGAACUUGUAGAGGCUAAAGAGCAACUACUGUCCAGCAGACUUGAACGUGAGCGUUUCGAGAAAGAAAUAAGCGAACUGAAAAGAUGUCGAGAAAGCUUGAUGGCGGAACAUGCUGCUGAGUCCGAACGGCAUCAUGUAACGGUGGCGCAACUCGAAAAGAAGGUCCAAGACACGUGUGCGCAAUUAGCUGAUAUGACCAAAAAGUGCGACGAACUGUGUCGGGUUGGACAGGGUAAAGAUAAAGAGCUUGAUACGCUUACAAAGCAAAGCGAGGCUAUUGCGCAAGAGCUACAGCAAACCACAGAGAAAUACCAGAUUAGGUUUGAUAAUCUAACAGAAAAUCUGUCAAAAAUGGAGAUAGAGAAAGUCGAGAUAACCAAGCGGAAUGCACUCAUCGUGGCAGAGAUAUCACAUAAUUUAGAGCAAAUGGAACGCGGUAAAAAAGAGGCCGAGUCGAAAAUCGUCGCGAUGAAUAACAAAUUGGGUGAGCUACAAAACGAAAAGUAUGAAACACAAAACGACUUAGAGAUGUGCCGGGCACAGAUGCGUGAAAUGCAGCGUGUGGUUGCAGUCUUGGAAUCCACACAAUCGGUCACCACUACCAGCGAGAACAACAAAAAUGGGCUAUACACAUGCCCGCUGUGCAGUGAACAGUUUGAGUCUCUUGCAACCAUGCAGCUCCACGCCGAAGACUGUGGCUAG